AUGCCUUCAGACGCGCGCGACCACAAGCAGGGGAACCAGGAUCGCAAAUACACGGAUGAUCAGAAGGCAGCCGUUCUUCGCAUCAGAAAAUGCCAGCCCACUGAGUUCUACGAGAUCCUUCUAGUUCAGAAGUCGUCAACGGACAAUGAAAUUAAGAAGGCUUAUCGCAAACAAAGUUUGUUGACGCAUCCCGAUAAAAACGGUUAUGAGGGUGCCGAUGAAGCGUUCAAGAUGGUUUCUCGUGCUUUCCAGAUUCUUUCCGACGAGGAUAAGAAGUCAAAGUACGACAAAUUCGGUGGCGAUCCGGACAGCAGGUUCCAACCUGGGCCGAGUGCUUCGAGCGGCGCGUCUCCCUUCAGUGGGUUCGGCGGUGGUGGCUUCCCUCGUGGAGGCGCUGGAUUUGACGAGGAGAUUUCGGCUGAGGAGAUGUUUAACCGCUUCUUCAAUGGAGGGUUUGGCGGAAUGGGAGGUGGGUUCAGUCCUUUCGGUAUUCCUAUGCGCACCGGCGAUUUUGUUGCCAGUACACUAACGAUGAUAUGUGAUAGGGGGCCCCAAUUCGUCUUCAACAUGGGCGGAGGUCCAGGCUUCCGCGUGCACCAAUUCGGAGGCCAGCAGCCGCGUCGUCGGCCUCGUGCAGCGGGCGCCGCUACGCAAGAAGCUCCGCUAGACGGCCGCAGUAUCCUUCGUCAACUACUGCCACUAAUUAUUCUCUUCGUUCUGCCUCUUCUCUCCUCUCUGUUCUCUGGCUCCUCGACACCAUCCGGUCCUUCUUAUCGAUUCGAUACCCCUGUCUCCCCGCAUACGAUGGGUCGCACGACUCCGAAGCUCAACCUGAAUUACUUUGUCAACCCGCUGGAUGUGGAUAACUUCAGCGCGCGAAAUUUCCGAGAUCUAGACACGCGUGUCGAAAUAGAGCACGUCAGGACACUACGGAAUAAAUGCGACAGCGAAGCACAUGAACGGGAACGCAGAUUACAGGAUGCGCAAGGGUGGAUUUUCCCUGAUGUUGAGAAGAUGAAGAAGGCUCGCGCGAUGGAAAUGCCGGCUUGUCGGCAAUUGGACUCAUUGAAGACGAAGGGGAGAUUCUAG